AUGGAUCAAGCCAAGUUGGCCAAGCUCCAGCAGAGCGUGCGCAUUGGAGGCAAGGGUACCCCCCGUCGCAAGACCAAGCGUGUUCACAAGACAUCGACCACGGACGACAAGAAGCUCCAAGCCACACUCAAGAAGAUGAACGUGCAACCCAUCCAGGCCAUUGAGGAAGUCAACAUGUUCAAGGAGGACGGCAACGUCAUCCACUUCUCCAACCCCAAGGUACACGCCGCCGUCCCCUCCAACACCUUCGCCAUCUACGGCAACGGCGAAGAAAAGGAACUCACCGAACUUGUCCCCGGUAUCCUGAACCAGCUUGGCCCCGACAGCUUGGCCUCUCUGCGCAAGCUUGCCGAGAGCUACCAGAGUCUGCAGAAGAAGGAGGCUGGUGAGAAGAAGGACGACGAGGAUGAAGAUGAUAUUCCCGAUUUGGUUGAGGGCGAGAACUUUGAGGGCACCGUUGAGUAG